CGAUCAAACGCUUCGCGACUUAAUUAAAUAAUUUUUAUUACAAAAAAAUUAUUAAAUAUACUUAAUAAAUGUUUAUUCAUUAAUGUAAAAGUGUUUGAAUUGUGUUAAUAAACUUGGUUAUAAUAACAACCUAAUUGUAAAUUAGUUUUAUACAAGUUUUAAUUAAAUUUUAAAUAGUUAAAAUGUUAUUAAAAUACCAACUAGAUUUAAAAAGUCUACUAAUUGUGUGCAAUGUUUUGGGACUAUUAUUAAAUGUGUGCCAAACGGUUGAAAUAAACUAUAAUAAUCCGGUGGUAAACACGGCUAACGGACCCGUACGGGGCCUACCAUACCAUUACACGACUACAACAAACAAUGCGCCCAAACAAGUGGUAGCUUUCACUGGUGUGCCUUAUGCCCGGCCUCCCACCGGCUUUGAUCGGUUUGCUCCACCAACUGACCCUGAUCAGUGGACCACCGAAGUGGACGCCACAAACCGGCGGGUAAUGUGCCCUCAAGUGGAGGACCGGUUUGAAUACACGCAGACCGAGCAGAUUGACGAGUCCGAGGACUGCCUACUGCUCAAUAUUUACGUACCCGUGUUUCCGCAGCAAUUUGUAUCCAACCUACCCGUGCUAGUCUAUUUCCACGGUGGUGAGUUUAAGUACGGCAGCAAAGAUCAUGUUAAACCCGAUCUACUAUUGGAUGCCUCGUUGACCGGUCCGUCAAAUGGCAUUAUAGUGGUUACCGCUAACUAUAGGCUUGGCGUUUUAGGCUUUUUGAGUACGGAUGACGUGAACAUACCGGGAAAUAACGGUAUUAGGGACCAAGUACAGGCGUUGCGCUGGAUUAACAAUAAUAUCGCUCAAUUCAAUGGCAACCCCCAGAAUGUUACCAUCAUGGGUCACGAUGCCGGUGGUAUAGCUGUAUCCAUGCACGUGCUCAAUCCGGCCGCUUGGCCUUAUUUCAAUUCGGCCAUAUCAAUUGGCGGUACAGUAUUCACACCAUGGGCAUUUAAGGACAACCCUAAAGAUCAAGCCAUGAAUUUUGCCAACUUUUUUGGUUGCGAUCAGCGGUCGGACAAAAUGCUUGACUGCCUCCGGGGUCAGGACAGGAACGCACUAAUGGGCAAAUCCCGGGACCGGGAUCUCGAGCGCAAUGUCCAGCCCUAUUGGUUCAGACCUGUGGUCGACCGUAACCUGACCUCAUCGGGUGUGCUUAAGGACUGGCCGGAGUCUCUGUACCGAAACGGGCAGUUCAAAAAGUGCUCGUACAUGAUUGGAUUCACACGUAACGAGGGAUCCCUUGAAUACUACCUGCAGAAGGAAAGAGCGGACAACCGGCGGACCAAUGAGGAGAAGAUCGCUUUCCUGAUCCGACCCUUUCUGAAGGAGUGGGCGUCGGAGGAUGUGAUUGCGACCGUCAUCAAUUAUCAGUAUUUUGGCAAAAAUUUUAGCAGGAAUGCACUGUCAUCGCAGUUUGCUAAUGGACCCCAGAGUAUUAGAAAUAACGCACAGUUUAAUAGUUUGAAUAAUCAGAUGCCCUAUCAAAGUGGUAUACAAAAUAAUUAUCAAAGUAAUAUCGCGGCUGGUGGUGGUCAGGAGUAUCAGAAUGAUCAGAUUUUGGUUGAGCUUAUGGGCGAUUUCCUAUACAUCGCACCCUCCGAUUUCGUGGCACGACUGCACUCUAUGGGUGGGGGAAAGGUAUGGGUGUAUGCGUUUGAAUUCGAGGGCACUCGCUCCCUGGGACCCAUACAGAAAAAUGCCAAGAUGAUUUCUAAACAAACAUACGGUGUAACCCAUAUGGACGACAUGUUAUACGCAUUCAACACACCCUACGCGCCGGACGCCGCGGCCACUGAACGUACUUUAUCUAGCACAUACGCCCGUAUGUUCUUUGAGUUAACCCGUUUUGGUUACAUACCUGACGUGUACAACAGCUUUUACCAGUGGCGCCAAUACCUACACCAUCAGCCCUCGUAA